CUUUCAAGAAAGCCAUGGCUGUAUUGGGAUCAGAGGCUUGCUUUGAGCCAGUUUGGUUUGAGCGACAGAGGUUCGAAGACGCCGAAAGUCAAUAUCAGCGAUUCCUUAUCGGUGGCGCACCUUGCGCGACCAAGGUACUGGUUCAACACAAACACAAACUAGUGCGUGGUGACAGCACUAUUGCCCAGGAGCUAGAACGUGCCCGUUCUAACAUCCAGCGCUGCUUGUCCAAACAGGGUGCUCCUACCAAGUCUGUUGAACUCACACCAGAAAUGGCUGCCCGUGUCGAAGCCGUUGAGAAGGAGAACCGCACCCUGCGCCAGACUGUGUCAGGUCUUCAGUCUCAGGUUGAAGCACUUGCAAAGCGCCUCGCCGCACUCGAGUCCGGCUCAGGUGCUGCUGCCCCUGUUGCUGAGCCAGAACCAGCACAGGAGGAGGAAGAAGAGGACGACUUCGACCUCUUUGGUGAUGAUGCUGAGGAAGAUGACGAAGAGAAGGAGAGAGUAAAGGCUGAGCGUAUUGCUGCAUACACAGACCGCAAGUCAAAGAAGACCGCUGUCAUUGCCAAAUCUAACAUCAUCCUGGACGUCAAGCCAUGGGAUGACGAGACCGAUAUGAAGGAGAUGGAGAGACUUGUUCGUACCAUUGAGGUGGACGGUCUGUUGUGGGGCUCUGCCAAGCUCGCUGAGGUCGGCUAUGGAAUUAAGAAGUUGGUUAUCAGCUGUGUCGUCGAGGAUGACAAAGUUGGAACAGACUUGCUUGAGGAGGAGAUCACCAAGUUCGAAGACCUUGUCCAGAGCGUGGACAUCGCUGCCUUCAACAAGAUUUGAGUUAAUUACCACUUUGAAUUCGUCCUGUUGUAUUUAAGAACUCUCUGUCCCUUUUCUCCAGUCUUCCCGGUUUUAUACCUGAUUCGAUCAAAACUGCUGGCCAGCAUGAAAGCCACCUUGUCGGGUGUGGUUUGCGUUCCAA